CAAAUGGAUUCUCUUUCUUCAAUCCAAACACUCCACUGAUGAUAACUUCUAAUCGCUCAGUUAGUUUGUGGGAUGCGAACUGAACAGCAUCAUGUUGGGUAGAAGUGUUAUGAAUUCAGCCCCCCGAUUCCUCAAUCAGGGCUUCAAUGGGGUUGGAUUCUUCAAGAUACCAGGCCAAUUGGCUGCUUUGAGGCCGGUUUUGUUGGCAAAUUGUCGACAGGCCAGCACUAGUCCUAGAUUAUGGAUUCCAUCACUUUCACAUACCAACUUUACAAAAGGGCUAGCAGAAAAACGAGAAAAUACGUUUACUGACCGAAGCCAGUUGAAGUAUGCCCGAAGACUCGUCGUGAAGCUGGGAAGUGCUGUGAUAACUCGAGAAGACGAACAUGGCUUGGCUUUGGGAAGAUUGGCUUCCAUUGUCGAGCAGGUUGCUGAAUGCCAGAACGAAGGAAGAGAAUGCAUAAUGGUGACCAGUGGUGCCGUUGCUUUCGGCAAACAGAAGCUGACGCAAGAGUUGCUGAUGUCGCUGUCCAUGAGGGAAACUUUAUCUCCAACUGACCACACAAGAGAAGAUGCCCCAACUCUAGUGGAACCUCGAGCGGCCGCAGCUGUAGGCCAAUCGGGUCUAAUGUCUUUAUAUGAUGCCAUGUUUUCCCAAUAUGGAGUCAAAAUUGCCCAAGUUCUAGUAACUAAAGCUGAUUUCUACAAUGAGGAAACUAGAAAGAACAUAAUCAGCACUUUAUCUGAGCUGAUCAGUUUGAACAUCGUUCCAAUCAUUAACACCAACGACGCUGUAUCUCCACCUCCUCAAAUUGAUGAACCAAUCGGAGCCAAACCGGGCAAACGAGGCAUUUCUCUGAAAGACAACGAUUCUCUGGCAGCGAUGUUGGCAGCAGAAAUUCAAUCCGAUUUGUUGAUUUUGAUGUCUGAUGUUGAUGGCAUUUACAACAAACCUCCUUGGGAACCAGGCGCGAGAUUCCUUCACACGUUCUCUUCUGAACAAAGGCAGACCAUCGAGUUUGGCCAGAAGAGUAAAGUUGGUACUGGAGGAAUGGACUCUAAAGUAAACAGUGCGAUUUGGGCUUUGGAUAGAGGAGUCUCUGUGGUUAUAUGCAACGGAAUGGCUAAGGAGGCAGUAAAAACAAUCCUUUCUGGGCGGAAAAUCGGCACUUUCUUCACAGACUCUGCAAACAUUGGGGCUGUGCCAACUGAAAUUGUUGCAGAAAAUGGUACAGUGGCUCUCAAACCUCAUUUAACCAGUGCAAAUAAUGAUUCUGUUUCAGCUCGAAUUGGAGGUCGCAUUCUCCAAACUCUUACGCCCGAACAAAGGGCCUCAUGCGUGCAUACGUUGGCCGAUCUUUUGAUCUCCAAACAAUCGCAGAUCCUGGACGCCAAUCAAAAGGAUCUACAAGAGGCAACUAGCUCUGGAUUGGCCAAGCCUUUGUUAUCCAGAUUGUCGCUCACGCCAGCAAAGCUCAAGAAUCUAGCAGUUGGGUUGAACCAGAUUGCCGAGUCGAGUCACAACAACGUGGGGCGAGUCCUUAGAAGAACCAAAUUGGCGGAAGGACUAGACCUUAAGCAAAUCACUGUUCCCAUUGGCGUCCUUCUAGUCAUUUUCGAAUCCAGACCUGACAGUUUGCCACAGGUAGCAGCCCUUGCUAUUGCCUCAGGGAAUGGACUUUUACUUAAAGGUGGAAAAGAAGCUGCCCACAGCAACAAAGCUCUUAUGGAGCUAGUAAAGGAAGCUUUAAGCACUAUUGGCGCAGGAAAUGCAAUUUCUUUGGUUUCCACCAGAGAGGAAAUUGGAGAUCUUUUAAGCAUGGAGCAACACAUCGAUCUGAUAAUCCCGAGAGGAUCCAGUGAAUUAGUUAGGAGCAUUCAGCAGCAGUCCCAGCACAUUCCUGUUCUAGGUCAUGCAGAAGGUAUAUGUCACGUUUUUGUUGACAAAGAUGCGGAUCUGAAAAAGGCUCUGAAAAUCAUCAGGGACGCCAAAUGCGACUAUCCAGCGGCUUGCAAUGCAAUGGAAACUUUGUUGGUCCAUGAAGAUUUGAUGAGCACCAGUUUCUUCUCUGAUGUAUGCGAUUUGUUGAAGAAGGAAGGUGUUACCAUUUACUCAGGUCCCGUAUUAAACCAGAUGCUCACUUUUGGACCCCCAUUGGCCAAGAGCAUGAAGCAUGAAUACGGAGCUCUCCAAUGCUGCAUUGAAGUUGUAAAAGGCUUUGAUGAAGCUAUUGAACACAUUCAUACUUAUGGCAGCGGACACACUGAUGUUAUUGUCACUGAAAACAAUAGUAGAGCAGAAGACUUCCAAAAGAAAGUGGACAGCGCCUGUGUAUUCCACAAUGCCAGCUCUCGGUUUGCUGAUGGGUUCCGAUUCGGCUUAGGUGCUGAGGUAGGAAUUAGUACUGCCAGGAUUCACGCACGAGGACCUGUAGGAGUUGAGGGACUGCUGACCACCAAAUGGGUGCUAGAUGGCGUUGAUCAUGCAGCUUCGGACUUUUCUGAAGAAGGUGGCCGCAAAUGGCUACACGAAUCGUUGCCUGUAAACUGAUCCCCAAGAUGACUCUUAAAAAUAUUAAUUAUGUUUGCUUCUAUGUGCGAUCAUACAGCAAAAACACGUCUAUACAAAAGACAAGCAGAUAAAAACAUUAUCUUUUAACGAAUAUAUGAUAGUAGUGUCUCUGUAUCAUAUAAAAUAUUUAUUUAAUUUUUGUAUUUCAAUUAUGUAAAGUUUUUUAGAUACAAUAAACCUGUGGAAUUUA